AUGUCGACGUCAUUCCUGCGAAUCAAGAUGCCGAAGACUCAGCAGCGACUGAACAGCUGUGAAGGAUUAAAAUCCUCGUCAUCUCAGGCACCUCCGGCCACUCAUGCGUUUAAGAGAGAUGUUUUUGCUCGUCAGUUCGAUUUCAACAAUGAUAUUAUUCGAAAGCUCACACCAUUGCAGAAUGUCGAAGGUAUCAGUCUUGUAAUACAUGAGUAUGGCGGGCUCUCGAGCCAUCGAAGCUGCUCUCGACCACAAUUUUACAAGGUAGACUCAGGCAAUAGAAAAUCAGCUCUCAUGCAUAAAGAUUUCGUUAAUAAAGAGAUUUUAGAGCUCCUCUCGACCGGAGCAAUUCGCGAAGCCCACGGCGAUUCGCAAGACCCUCAUUUUCAUCUGUCGCAAAAGAUGAAAACUUAG